UUUCAAAAACAGAACAUGUUCUCUGUCUCAGUUUCUUCUUCACAUCAUUCCCACCAGUCUCAUAGUCUGUCUCUGAAUGCUAAAUGCUUCCAAGAAUCUCUCCUCUCUCUCGUUUUCGUGUUCUUCAUCACAUGGGUACCGCCACCUCUCUCUCUUCUUUGCCUUUUCCACUUCACUGUCAUUGCACCAAAGCAACGAACUUUGAUCAUGAAUUUGAGUCGCAUAGCAACAGAACCCACUUCCUGAAUUCAUUGAGAAACCAAUUCAAAUCAGGUAAACUGAACAACAUUCAUCAAGCUUUGAACUUUUUUCAUAUCAUGUCUAGAAUGAACCCUUUGCCUUCUGUACUAGACUUUACUUUGCUAUUAGGGUUUAUUGUGAGGAUGAAGCAUUACACAACUGCUAUAUCUUUGGUUAAACAAAUGUAUUGUUCUUUAGGUAUAAAGCCUGAUACUUUUACUCUCAAUGUUGUUAUCAAUUCUCUUUGCCAUUUAAAGUUUGUUGCUUUUGGAUUUUCUGUUUUGGGGACUAUGUUUAAGCUUGGUAUUGAGCCUUCUGUUGUGACUUUUACCACUCUUGUAAACGGGCUUUGUGUUCGGGGCGAUGUGGGUCGGGCCUUGCAGUUGGUUGAGCAUAUGGAAAAGAUGGGGUAUCGGUCUGAUGUUAAGACUUAUGGGGUGUUGAUUAAUGGGUUAUGUAAGAUGGGGGAAACUUCUGAAGCUGUUGGGUGGUUGAGGAAGAUGGAAGAGAGAAAAUGGAACGCCAAUGUGGUAGUUUAUAGUACAAUUAUGGAUGGUUUAUGCAAGGAUGGAUUGGUAUCCGAGGCGUUGAAUUUGUGUUUGGAAAUGAGUAGGAAGGGUAUUCGAGCUAAUCUUGUGACUUACACUUGCUUGAUUCAAGGUCUUUGUAAUUUCGGCCGUUGGAAAGAAGCUGGCUCGCUGUUGGAGGAGAUGAUGAGAACGGGAACGAUGCCGGAUUUGCAAACGCUUAAUAUUUUAGUGGACGCUUUAUGCAAAGAAGGUAAAGUUAUGCAGGCAAAAAGUGUAAUUGGGUUUAUGAUUAUGUUAGGGGAAGCGCCAGAUGUAUUUACGUAUAAUUCUUUGAUUGAUAGAUAUUGUUUGCAAAAUCAAAUGAACAAGGCCACAAGAGUAUUUGAACUAAUGGUUAGUAGGGGCUGUUUACCGGACAUUGUUGCUUAUACUUCACUCAUUCAUGGAUGGUGUAAGAGUAAAAACAUUAAUAAAGCUAUGCACCUCUUGGAUGAAAUGGUUAAGGUUGGAUUGAUUCCUGAUGUUGUCACAUGGACCACUCUCAUAGGUGGAUUUUGUCAAGUCGGUAGACCAUUAGCUGCAAAGGAACUGUUUUUAAAUAUGCACAAAUACGGGCAAGUUCCGAAUCUUCAAACGUGUGCCAUUAUAUUGGAUGGACUGUGUAAAGGCCAACUUCUUUCUGAGGCAUUAUUGUUGUUUCGGGCAUUAGAGAAGAGUAAUCUAGAUCUUAAUAUUGUGAUUUAUAGCAUUAUACUUGACGGAAUGUGCGGUGCCGGAAAACUAAAUGAUGCAUGGGAACUUUUUUCCUGUUUGCCUGCUAAAGGUUUGCAAAUUAAUGUUUAUACUUAUACCAUUAUGAUUAACGGUUUCUCUAAACAAGGAAUGUUGGAUAAAGCUGAAGACUUACUAGUGAAUAUGGAAGAGAAUGGAUGCAUGCCUAAUAGCUGCACUUACAAUGUCUUUGUCCAAGGUUUGGUAGCAAAAAGAGAGAUUGUGAAGUCAAUAAAGUACCUUACAGUGAUGAGAGACAAAGGUUUUUCUGUAGAUGCUGCCACCACAGAAAUGAUUAUCAACUACUUAUCCGCUAACGAAGGAGACAAUGGAUUUCGAGAAUUUUUGUUUCCAAAAUGAUAUGUUUUUCAAGAGUUUCAAUAGAUGUGUUUAUUUGAAUUCAACCUUUCAGUUCAUCCCUUUUCUAUGAUCCAAAUGUGAGAACUGGUGGCAUAGCCUUAGACUUCAAAGCUUACACUUACUAAAUAUUUUAAAAUCAUUACCAUUGAAGUGCUUCCGCCUGACAAUUUGUAUUAUCGAAAGAGUUGGCCAGCCUUUAACAGAGUUGCUCCUUGACAUAUUCUGUGGUGAGUAUUUUAAUGCCGUCUUGCAAGCUUAUUAUAGCAUAUCUACAACUCAUUUAAAAUGUCUUUUAGAAUAUAUAGACCUAUAUUCAUAAGUUAGGCCUUAUUGCAUUUAUGAAAUUGAGUAAUUGUCUUGGGUAGAUAUUUCCUUGACUUAAAGAAUAUUUUAGUGAUGGUCAGUUUACAUUUGGAGGGAGGAAUACUGAAGUUUGCAGACCGAGUUACUUAUCAUCACACAAGUAAUGCAGACUACAACCUCAUAUCAUAUGUAGGCUUUUGGCGGGAAUUGUUGGAUUGGCUCUACUUCCAGCAAUGAUGAUAAUAAGGUUGGCUACUGUAUGUAUAUACUUUUGGAGAGUACCAGUUAUCAAUGUCUCAUGCUGUUUAAAUUUCUUUCUCCCAGAAAACAUGGAUAAUUUCUCUACAAGGCCUUGUUAAAUAAAAUUGUGUUGCAAUCUAUCUUCUCUUUAAUGAGACCAUCUUCUCCUUUACUAUUAUGCUGCUCUUUGAAUUGUCACCAUCGGCAUCACCAUUCAACCGUGCUAUAGCAGUUUGAAGAUUACAUGAUCAUGUGGCACAGGCGGCGCACAGAGGAAUAUUAAGAGAUCAAGAGAGCAACGCUCUUGCGUCGUUUGUGAAGUUUUUUUUUCUUACGAUGUCAGUCAUUUUUCCUCUAUUUUUUGUCACAUGGCGUGUUUUUCGGGACGUUGAUGUUGUCAACUGUGCUACUUGACAUACUAAUAAGACAUGACAAUAACAUACUUUUAUUAUUUGUUAGUUUUUAAAAAAAAAAAAUCUUUUACUUUUCUUUUGUUUAUAUAUAGGGAGAGUGAUCAAUUUGUGUAAAAGAUCUAGACUGUGCAUUGACUAUCGAUGCAAGAUAUAAGAGCAAUCCUUUUGUAUAUGAUGAUGUGUAUGAAUUGUUUCUGAUUUUUUUAUAUGAUUCUUCAAAGAUUGAGUUGUGCAUCUGACAAACAACAAUGGGGCGAACCUUUGACGACAAAGUGACAGCUUUGUUCUAAUCGUCUCAUAACAUGAAAUGAUCAAGUCAACAAAAAUAGGGGCUUCCAAAUCAAGUUUGAAGAUUCAGUACUUUGUCUGUAAUGGUGGCACUGACUAGUGUCAAUGGACGUGGUUCGGCGAGUUUGUUUGGAUAAUGGUGUAUGCGACAAAAAAAUGCAUUGUGCAUGGAGAGGAGGAUAGAGAUCACAUUCCACACAUGUUAAAGAAGUGCUCUGGUUCAAAUGAGUGUGGCACACCAUUGAUUCUUGAUGACAGUUACUACAGAAAUAUCUUGGACAAGGAUUUGUUAAUAAUAGAUCAUUAAUUAGCAUUUAGCAUAUGGCAAAAGAGCCUUAUGUGAAUAAAACAGUGCAGUGUUGCUAACAAACAUCAUCAUGAAGAGCCUUGAAUUGAUUUCAUGGCGGAAGAGAUGAUGCAUAAGAUAUUAUGUAUAAAUAAAAGUGUUUUGGUUUAGUGAAGGAGCUAAGAACAUUUUAUGGUGAUCGGAGAAUUUAGAUGCCUUUAAUUUUUAAACUUCUUUGAAAUGUAACUUUUGUUUGUUAUUUUUUUAAUAUUAGCAUGUCGAUUAUGUGA